AUGUUUACCUUUACCGGCAGUUAUGCAGGCAGCGCAACAACGCCAACUAAGAGAGAUCCUAUCAAUACUAUUUAUGGUGCUUUGGAAUACUUUCUUGAUGAAUGCUACUUUUGUUCAAAUUACUACCCCAAUAUUUCGAAUAAAACAUUUUAUCUUGCUAAUAAAGAAAGUUGGUUGCCAACAUUUCACGCCUUAAAAUAUGCACAAUUGUUUGGACCUAGCAAUAAGAGAGGCUACACACUCCACACUCCACUUGUGUGCUACCACGAAUUCAUCAGUAGAAUUGCCUAUACCAUUGGGCCGGCUUUUGUUAAACAGUCAGUAAUUACUAUAAUUUUACAUCAUUUUACAACAGAUGGAAAACAUGCGUCAUUGCAGUCACCUCUUAACUCAAUAAAUUAUGCUAAAAAACAGGCCACUAAUUACAACUGCUUCACCAUUAGCAUAAUUCCAAAAAGUGUUUUCUAG